GAAUCAUGCACCUCUGCCCACUUCUUCCCAUCAAGUGCCAUCUUUCCUCUGCGGAUCCUGUCACAGGCUUAGUAUGCUGAAGCUAUUUCUAUCCGGUCAGGAUUCAGAAGAGAGAUGACAUAAGAAUUCAGCAUGUUUAUCCUUGGAAGACAUCUUAACAAAGUAAACUCUUCCUUGAAGUAGCCUUGUUUUAACAGAGGAGGAGGAAUCAGAUUUAAAGGAAGAAGGACCCUCCAAAGGCAGGGUUUUGAGCUGCUUUAACAAAAUGCGGGCAGAAAUAGUAACACAAUGGAGUAGGGAAAGCAGCAGACACCACACUGGCAGGCGAAGAUUCUAGUUCUCACGGCACCAAACCGGUUUCUCAGUCUUCACAUCUGUCAAGUGACAAGGUUGGGUGGAUGCUUUAAAGACCCCCCCACCUCCCAAGUGACAACUCUAUCUUAGUCUGAGCAUUGUGUGAAGAACCACUCUAGACACCAGCCUGGACCUCCCACCUGCCUCCGCCUGACUUCAUUCUCUCCCAAUUCCCUUCUUUUCAAAUAUCACCACGGCCAUCUCACUGGUGUCUUCUGAUGGGAAUAGCUCUCAAUAGUAGGGAAAAGUCAGAUUUUUGUAAUGAAAACUCAAGAGUCUCGUGGAGUGUAGCUGUGAUCAGAAAUGUAGGUUUGGGGCUCUGGACUGCAAAUUGAAGAAAGGGAGGAAUCAUGUAGUUAAGUCCUAUUUUAUGAAGAAAAUAGUUGGGGCCCAGAGAGGCAAAGAUCAGAAAACGACCCAGUGGCAGUCAGAAUCAGGACCCAGCCUCCAGCUCUCCCUGAGGCAGUCAUUCCACGAGUUUCUUUUCAUUCAGAUUCUUGGAGCACUUUGCUGACAAACUGUGGACAAGGCUUGGGUCACAAUGACCGGAGUGCCUGGCUUGUUUGCUAAGUGGCUCCACCUUCUGCAACAUGGCGGUCUCCAGGGGGCAAUGAUGUGCAGUAGGAGCUUUGAGGUCCAAAGUUUGCCCUGACCGACAGGACACCUUGUGUUUUAAGCUUCAUGGAAAGAACUGCCCUCAACUCUCUGCAGUCUAAGGCUCUGGCUGUGAGAAAGGGUUUGAAAGCACUGGCUACUUUGUCUGACAUCCUUCCCCACCCCCCAGCUGACAGCGCCAAGACACACACACACCCCAACUUUCUCUGUCCUGUUCCCUGACUGUUUGCUGUUGCUUUGGAGCCUCAUAAAUAGGGCAUUGAAAACACUUCCUGCGACUGAAAGAAGCCCUGAGUAGCUUGUCUCAUUCCCAGUAUGCAGCUCAGCGAGGGGUCCGUCCUCCUCUGUCACUGUCUCUUUUGCCUGUUGUAAUUCUGUCUGCCUCUGACUUGGCCUGUGUCUCUCUGUGUCUAUGCUUCCUCUCGAUGGCUGCUUUUACUGGAGCCUCAGUCCCUCAUCUUUCCGACUUCUUGUCUCUGCGCUGGUCUUUGCUUUUCUCUCUCGGCCCCCAACACUGUGUCUUCCCUCUACUUCCAGGCUGCUGCCUCUUUCGGAAUCUGCAGGCUUUCCUCUGCAUUAUUGGGUCUGUUGGUCUGGUCAGGAGGACCUUGGGUCCUGCGGCUCUGGGUGGCCCGCGGCCAAAGGAGGGAGGAGCCCUCGGGGGGCGGGAUUGGCCCUAAAGCCACCUCAUAAAGACUGGGACUGUACGAGGCUUUCUGGAGGAGUCCUGGAGGGGCUGUUUGUUACGACAGGCAGACCCCACGAGCUCAGCUGGGGCUCUGCAGUGUCAUGCCCUGGAGCCCCCUGGCUGCGCUGAGCUGGGCGCUGGUGCUGCGGCUGCUGGCAUUGCUGCGGCCCCCGGGGCUGGGUGAGGCGUGCACUUGCGCGCCUGCGCACCCCCAACAGCACGUCUGCCACUCAGCUCUAGUAAUCCGGGCAAAAAUCUCCAGUGAGAAGGUAGUUCCUGCCAGUGAAGACCCCGCUGACACUCAAAAAAUGAUCCGGUAUGAAAUCAAACAGAUAAAGAUGUUCAAAGGGUUCGACAAGGCCAAGGAUGUUCAGUAUGUCUACACACCAUUCGACUCUUCCCUCUGUGGUGUGAAACUAGAAACCAACAGCCAGAAGCAGUAUCUUCUGACUGGCCAGAUUCUCAGUGAUGGAAAAGUCUUCAUCCAUCUGUGCAACUACAUUGAGCCCUGGGAGGACCUGUCCUUGGUACAGAGGGAGAGUCUGAAUCAUCACUACCCCCAGAACUGUGGCUGCCAAUGGGUAGCCAUUCCAGCUUUGAUCUGGAAGUUCCAACCCCCAUUGAGACUUCGGCAACUGUCACGCCUACAAGGUGGGGCCAAGGGUGGCGCCUGGGGACCCGAGAGCUGGAUCGGCGGCACUCUCUGUUGCGGGACCCUGGAUAGUGGAGGUGGACCGAGCAGAGCUCCAGAGAACACCGCUGGACUGUGAUACACCUUCCCCAGACUCCGCGACCUACCUAUUCCCUAAUUUGUAAGUUACGCCAUUAAAUAAAUCUCCUUUUAACUACG